AUACAUACAACGACACAACAUACACACAGUUACUGCAACUACCAACAAACUACCUGUAUAUUCUUCAUACCGACCAGUCGUCAUAGUACAAAAAAUCUCCAAAAAAUAAGAAAAAUUUUUAAGUAAAUAACAGCAAUACAAAGAGAAAAAAUAAAUAAAUACGUAUAUGUGUAUAUAACAAAAAAGAAAAAUAAAUGGAAAGUUUUACAACAGAAAAAAAAAUCCUGUUAGGAAAAUAGAAAUAAAAAUCGAAAGAAAUAUUCGCGUGUGUUUGUGAUAAACUUGUGUAGAUAUAACGAAAAAAAAAAGUAUAAAGAUAUAAUGCUUGUUUCUUCCCUGGUGUUAAAAAAGUUGUGAUAGUAUAUGUUAAAUAAAUAACAAGGAAAAAAAGAAAGAAAAACGAAAAGAAAUCAAAAACAAUACCCAACUCCCAAACAUAUGCAACUACACACCCAUACUAAUAAGGACAUAAGUACGUAUGUAUGUCUGCAUCUAAUGUUGCUGAUAGUGGUAGUUGUGUGAUAUAUUAAAACCGUUUAAAUGUUGAAAAAUAACGUCAAAAUAAUACAAAUGCACAACACGUAAAAUUCAAACGAUAAAAAGUUAGCUGAAGAAGAAGAAAAAAAGAAAAUAAAAUAAACCAAAUCAACAACAACAGAAAGCUAAGCAUUUUAAACGUUGAUUUAAAACUUAAAGGUAAAACAUACGUGCAACAUACUUAACCACAUAAACAACAUAAACAUUGUUUAUAUGUAUUUGUUAUGCAACAAACAAUUCUAUUAAAGUGUUCAACGCAAUUGCCAUUUAAGUUUAAUUUCGUAAUUUGCCAUUUCUGUUGACAGAAGACAAUUUUUUUUGUUAAACCAAAGUGUUUUCCUUACGUUUUCUAAACCUAAAUCAAUAUGGCUUUACUUAAGUGUUAUACGAGUUGUUCAAAUUUCCUGCGCUUGGGAUUUUUACUACUUACAUUAAUAAUGGAAAAUACACAGGCCCGGAUAGGUUAUUUCUGGCAUAUAACAGAUCUACACUUAGAUACAAUAUAUUCAACGCAGGGAGAUGUAAUGCGCAGUUGUUGGCACAUUGAAAGACAACCACCCAGUUCGUCCACACAUUCACCAGGUCGUUAUGGUGAUUACCUCUGUGAUAGUCCUUGGAGUCUAAUUGAGUCGGCUGCCAAAGCAAUGAAAUCACGGCAGGGUGAUAAUGUUGAAUUUGUGCUGUGGACGGGAGAUGGUUUAUCUCACUCAGCACAUCCAAUGUCUGAAAUGAAAAAAUUGGAAAUCCUGCGCAACAUUACUGAUUUGCUUGGUCGAACAUUUUCAUCGCAAUUUGUAUUUCCGGUAUUAGGACAUGAGGAUGGUACAACAACGAAUUUCCGGCACAUGGGCGAACUGUGGCGACAUUGGCUGCCAACUGAAGCAUUGCAUACAUUUGAAAAAGGUGGCUACUAUUCCAUUGAACAAACAAAAAGUCGUCUUCGUAUUAUAGCAUUGAAUACAAAUUUCAUGCGGCAUGAUCCAAAAUAUUCCCAAAGUCAUUUGGCAGCCGUAAGACAACGUAUGCCUUCAAAUACAAUGAACAGCGGCGGCAGUAUGGGUGGUGGUGGUGGCAUGGGUCCAGAUUCAACAGAAUACAAAAACUACUAUUAUCAUCACAACAAUAUGCAUCAACAUCAUGGACAUGCCAGUGAUUGGUCAUCAUCGGGACAUGGUUAUGGUUAUAAUAGUCAUCAUCGUGGCAUAAAUGUUAUGCCUGGGGGAAUGCAUUAUAACAUGAAUGGUUUGGAUGGCGGUGGACGUGUCAGUGCAUUGUCUGAAUUUGAAAAUCAAGAUACGGAAAAACAAUGGAUUUGGCUGGAAGAUGUUUUAUCUAAAUCAAAAGCUAACAAAGAAACGGUGUAUAUUGUAGGUCAUAUACCACCCGGUUCGGAUGAAAGACAUAUUGGUUUACAGCAAAAUGGUCAUACUACCUUUACGGAAUCCAACAAUAAACGUUAUUUGGAAUUAGUGCGCAAAUAUUCAUCAAUUAUUCAGGGUCAAUUUUUCGGUCACUUACAUUCGGAUUCAUUUCGUAUAAUCUAUGAUGAUAAGGGCAAACCAGUUUCAUGGAUGAUGAUUUCACCAUCAGUUACACCAAGGAAAAUGAGUGUUGGCUCGAACAAUCCAGCCAUGCGUUUAUACAAAUUCGACACAGAUUCUGGUCAGGUUUUGGACUAUACCCAGUAUUAUAUGGAUUUACAAUUGGCAAAUACUUUGGGAGAACCAAACUGGUUGCCUGAAUACAAUUUAACACAUUACUAUGCUUUAAGUGAUAUAUCAGCGAUUUCCUUGCACAAUUUUGUGGAUCGUUUUACUAGCAACGAUGGAUCCUGGUUUGCCAAAUACUAUCGGGCCAAUACAGUGCGCCAUCAGAACGAAAAUUGCGAAGGAGUAUGCAUGUUGAAUCAUUAUUGUGCCAUAACAAGAGUGGAUUAUAAAGAAUUUCGACAAUGUCUUGAGAAAGAACAAAGUGCAUUGCGAUCCGGUGGCAACAGGCAUACUGCAAAUGGAAAAAUUCUUAUAAUAUUAUCAAUGAUGCUAACAAUUACCAUGGCCUAUAUACAUAGUAUAUGUGAUUUUUUGUGCAUUUUCCAAAGGCUGAUAACUAGAUGUCAACAAUUAAAUGUAAUUAAAAAAUACCAAUUAUAUGUACGUUUCAGGGAAAUGGGAAUAAAGUUUAUGGGUAAUUUUGUGGCGCCCAACAACAACAACAACGGUAGCAACAAUAAUAAUGGAGCAAACUAUAAGAAGGAAACAAAAGGCUUUGAUCAACUUCUGCUCUAUAAUGUUGAGUCUAUUGAGAGCAAAAGGUAUCAGGCAUUAAGGCAACAAAACCAUAAUUGUCACCAUUGUUUGCAACAGAAACCCAUGAGUAUUACAGUGAAUACUGCAAAUAUGGCUGAAAUAAAAAUCAAAGACGUUGUUACACAGCUUAUUGUGGUGCAACCGAAUCAAAGAGAAUGCCAGCAAAUAGUUUUAAGUCAUACAAAGAAAUUGUACACCGUUAAACGUAAUACUCACAAGAACAAUUUACGCUUGGAAUAUUUAAAAUUAAUUAGUUUAUUAAUACUUUAUAGCAAACAAAUACAAACAUUAAGCGUAUAUAUCUUAAGGGUAGCACAAUAUUCAAUAGUAUUAAGGAGAAAUUUGCAAAAAACUUGUUCGCAUUUAACCUUUGAGAGUUGUAGUAAACUGGUGAUGAGUACAAGGUUUAGUCAUCGUAUACCAGUUGUAACAAAUAUUAUGCUUAUCUAAUCAACUUGAGAUAAUAAGCCUUAUUCUAAAAGGUCAUGCUGUGAGAAUAUUUGUAUGUCGCUUCCGGCUUUAAUUAUGUAUAAUUUAUUUGCUAAUUAGUAUAAUAACAAAAAAAAUAAAGAAAAAAAAAAAAAAAACUCCUAUUGAUUUGCAGUUAUAUUGUAUACUAAUCGUAGUAGUUAAAUAUUAAGUUAAAUUUAUGAAUUUGUUUAUUUAAUUAAUUGCAUAAAAAGGGAUGUCAUUAAACUAUUUAAAGUGUUUUAUAAAGAGAUGGUUUAAAUAAAGACUAUAUGUUCAAGGUUUGAGUUGUUUGGUUGUACUACUUUGAACAUCUACGAGGGAGAAAAUUCAAACUGAAACUCGAAACAGUUUUACAUAUUUAUUACUUACAAUCCAAAUAACCAUAGUAUAAACUCCUAUAUCCAAUGGUUUGCAAAUCGAAUGGUUGAAGUCUAACUAAUAGAGUUAUCUAUAGACUAGCCAAUAAAUUAGUCUUAUCUUGUCUUGUCUACUUAGUAGGCUGGUUCAUAAACUAUACAGUAGAUUAACACAUAAGCUUGUCAAUACACUAAGCCAUAGACUAGAUAACAUACUAGUCAGUAAACUAUUUAACAGGUUAUUCUAAGACUAGAUAACAGAAUGUCAUCUGAAUUUACUUACUAGUUUGUAGUCUAUUGACUAGUCUAUGGCCUAGUAUGUUAAUUUGCCUAUGGACAAUUCUAUAGACUAGUCUGUUGAUUAGUUUAUCACUAGUAUUCUAACUGGCUUAACUGGUCUACUCUCUAGUAUAUUAGCUAUUUGACUUACUAAUUUGUUGACAAUUCUAUGCUAUAGCCUAUUGUCUAGUUUACCGACUGUUGACGAAUUAAAAUACACUAGGCCAUAGACUAGAUAACAUACUAGUAAGUAAACUAUUUAACAGGCUAUUCUAAGACUAGAUAUCAGAUUGUUAACUAAGUAAUCUUAGUAAGUAAAACAGCUAACAUACUAGAGCAUAGAUCAGUCUAUAGACCAGUUAAGCCAGUCAGUAUAAUAGUGAUAAACUAACCAACAGCCUAGUCUAUAGAAUAGUCCAUAGGUAAAUCAACAUACUAGUCCAUAGAUUAAUCAACAGACUACAGUCAGUAAAUUCCUCAGCUGAAUGUUCAACAAGCUAAAGCAUAUACUAAUCAAUAGUAGAGUGCAUAGCUUUUGAGAGGAAUAGCUUAUAUCAAUAGACUAAUCCACUGAUAAAUUAACAGACUAUUCAAUAUACUAAUCCAUAGACUAGUCAGAAAAUGACUCAACAAACUAUUUCAUAGACUUGUUAACAGAGUAGGCAACAGACUAAUCGAUAAGCUGGUCAACAGACUAAAGAAUAAACCAGUCAACCAGACUAGUGAAUAGGCUAGUCAACAGUCUUAAAGUAAAAUAUAUGAUUCUUUCAUUUCCAAAUGUUCAUUCAAAUUCAAUGCUAUCAAACAAUUACAUAAAAUGUGUUAAUCGAUAUUAAUUUUCAUCCCUCGAUUAACACGAGUGUUAUUCUUCAUACAAAUAUGCAUGCAUAUGUACGUAUGAUUAAUAUUGAAUUCAAGAAUCACAAUCAUACGCCCUAAAAGUUGCUAUGAGAAUAUGAUAUUUAUUUUUCAUAAUAAAGCAUUUAAGCAAAUUUAUCGAUGAAAUGGGAUAAAAUAUUGACCGAUGGUGGAGUCACCGUUUACAUAACAUUUAUUUAUCCUGAAUUUCGUUACUACAUUAGUAAUUUUAAAUGAAUUGUUCACAUUUAACUCAUUUUUCUGAAGGGGUCUUUGAAUGAAAGCUAGAGAGUCAUCAAGGCAAUUAUAGUCCUGCAAAUUUUUGUUGAGAUACGAGUAUAUUAAACAUAAUUAUGGGCUCAUAAGCCCUAUUUUAGACAUUUUCAAUAGGCUUCGUCCCUGGAAUAAUAAACGAUUAUGUACCAAAAUUUAUUGAAUUAUCUUAAAAAUUUCGCCACGGAGUUUGCUUAUAAGGUUUACACGGACAGACAGACAGACAGACAGACAGACAGACAGACAGACAGACGGACGAACAUAGCUAAAUCGACCGAGAAAGUGAAUCUAUGCCAAUUUGGUAUACUUUAGGUGGUGUAUGACCAAAUAACUCAAUAUAUAAUCCCCACUUAAGUUGUGUAGGGUACAAUUAUAGGAAAACUUUCUAAAUUUACAAUUCGAACUUGAAUCUUAUAUAAAUUAAUCAUUGCUGUAUAACUUCUUAAUAAGGCACGAUUUCAAAUCCUACCAUAGAAAUUCUUUAAAAAUUCAAACCAUCAUCUCUAUAAAAUAAAUUAAAUAGUUACUUGUAUAAUAAACAAAAAAAUACUUGUUAAUAAUUUGUUAUUGUUUUUUCUUAAAUCUUAUAACAAAAAUUUUAUUUGUAGUUAUAACAACUAAAAAAAUAUAAGACACCACAUGAAUACAACCAAUUAGUGUAAUAAAUAUAAUUUAACAUAUAAUUCUAAAAAAACUUCUUAAAUACGAGAUAAGGCUGAUAUGUAAUGUCAAAUGUUUUAAAUUAAAUAAUUCCAUGUUUUGAACACCGAACUUAAAAAAAAAACAAAAAUUUAAGGUUAAACCCCCAGAAAAAAUAAUAAACAACUCGUAUUAGUAAAAACAAAACUACAUAGAUAAUUCUUGUAAACUAAAUACUAAACAAUUACCAACAACAAAACGAAGAAGAACAAAUAAUUAUUGUAAAAUUUAUACAUGUAAACAAAAAAAAAAAAAAAAAAAAA